CCGCCGUCCUCUGCUCUUGCUCACUGGCGCCUUCUCUCUUCCCCGAGUUCGCCGUCGCCGUCUAUCUUCCCCGGCAUCGCCGCCACCCUAUGCUCCCUCUCGCCGCAUCGCUCUGCUCCGUUUCUACUAGCGGUCCGGUCACCCACAUCCAGUGCUGAAAGAAAUCCCUCUUUCGUCCGUUCUCUUCAAAUCAAAACGAGUAGCUUCUUGCAAAAACUUCUCCUCUCCAAUCCAAAUCUAAUGGCUGCCUCUUCUCCUCCAAAGCUAUGCUGUGAAUUGAUCUCUUCCGCAUUCCAGAGAUGCCGCGUCUCUGCACAGCUCUGUAGAGUUUCGAUUCUUCUUCUCGCCAAAUCGUCUCUUCCCGAUCACUCGGUCCUCCAAAUUUCCAUUUCUGAUACGGGCGUGGGAAGCUCUCUGGAAGAGUUUACUGGCCUCAGCGGCAGCAUUAGCUCUGAAAAUUGGGAUGGACUGCUUUCUGUCAGAACUACAAGCUUCUCUGAUAAAGAAAUAUACAACUAUAAAUUGAAUUUUAGGGAAAACAAUCCCGAUGGAAUGCUGGCUCAACUUCCAUCAAACCUGAAGAAUGGAGUCAUGUUCAGGCACGGGAUAUGGGAUGAACUUUUCUUUGGAACUGAAGUCUGCCUUUCGGUCUCUGAGGGCAUGGAUAUCUUAGUCUCAGAGAUAAACUCCUUUCUCCAGAAGAUGCUCGUUCUGAAGAUUCCUUAUAUCGCAACUGAACUUGUGGUUGAACAAGAAGAUGCAGCAGGAUCACGAUAUGAGAAGGUCUACCCAGCUAUUGAAGAAAAUGCUCUUACUUUUCCUGCCUCAACUAUUAACCAUCUGCAGUCGGGUCUUGAAGAUUAUGUCCUGCAACAUGGAAAUAGACUGAACCAAAAGUGUGAUUCAUGCCUGCCAUCUCGGGAACAACUUAAGGUAGGGAUUGCAUCGUGCAGCUCAGAUAGCCAUAAAACUUCUGGAUUCACAAUAGAAACUGUGAUCAUUGUAAGCGAGACAAAGACGAUCUGUACCUCGGAUACAUGCAGCCCAGAAACAGAGGUGAUGUAUUACGAGAAUUUCAAACCUUCAUCAAUUGGUCAAUCUUCAAUAAGGGCAAUAUCUAGCAUUGAUUGGAAGAGCUAUGGGUUGACACUAGCGGGCGUUAUGGAUCAAGAUGGCUGCUUCCUUCUUCGGUGGGAAAACUUACAGGCUAAUGUUCAUCAUGCAGAACUUUCAUCAAGGCGUAAAAAGACUCAGCCUGAUAGAUCCCUCGUGCGGAAGGCUGUUACUCUUGCCAUGAAUAAUUUGAAGGAGAGGCAUCCAGGACUCCUACUUAGCAAGCACGCCCUUAAGAUUCGCAGCUAUGCCCCCGACCUUGCAAGAUCUAUUGCAGGCCUCAUCACGUCAUCCAUGGAUCAGGGCUUUCGAGAAGAAUGCUUCUCUCUUCUUGGCUUGCAGUGUGGCCAAAUUGGAUCGAGCACUGUUGAAGAUUGUAUCAAGGAGAAAAUCACAUCAGUUAUAGAGGUGAAUGACAGGGAACCCUCGAAAAGCAAGAACGCAGCAGCCACUUCUUUGUUUGGGGAUGCCAUUUGCCUGCGGGACUCGAAUCCUGAAAGAGCUUGCAUGGAAGAUGAAGAUGACCUGCUUGAGAAUUCCACGGUUCAAGACUACGGAUAUGAGGUAGUGGAUGAAGAUGGAGAUGAUUAUGCUCUAAUGGAAUGACCUAUAGAACGAUAUCUCAGAAAUAAUUGCUCCAGCAACCGAGUUAUGACGAAUUUUAACAGAUACUGUAAGCGGACCAUGACGUACUUGUCCAUCGUAGUUUAUAACAAAUUAGUGACGAUUCUGCUUGCGUUGAAUUGUAUGGAAAUGUGGCAUAACAUUUGUCAUCCACAGAAAAAUGAGAACAUUCAAGUAGAUUAUUACAAAAUAGACGAUGUAGGCAAGCUUUCGGAAUUAAAUUUUGUCACUAAUCUGAUUGGAUGACUGAUUUAGUACCCUGUAACAAAAUAUUUACACAUAACUUUACACUAUGAAACGCCCCCUCCAAUCACUUCAACGCAGGAGACGAGCAAUAGGGCUCCGCAUACACAGUACAUUCUAGUAAACGAAUAGACGUUGCG